GAUAAAUUGAACGCAGCACAAUUUGGAGGGGGCAACGUUUCUCCUCCAGUUAGUCAAAGCCAUAUGAGGUGAACCUGGAUUGCUCGCGGUCACAAAUUGUGGGCUUAACCAUACAAUGCUGUCCGCUUUUUUACGAGCUGCGAAGCUGAUUUAGCAUUUGAAAAGAUUCGUCGAUUCAGCUAGGCUAGCCAGCCAGCUAGCUAACUAGCCAGCCAGCUAGUUCGGCUUCCUGGCCGAUGUUUCAUCAUUUCAUGUUUUCCAUCAUGUCAAAGUCGUUCGCCUAUUUUUAGCUCUCAGCGAAGGCUACUUCGGCCGCUUCUAAUUGUGACUUCGUCGGAACUCUCUCUUAGCAGCACGUAUGGAACGCUGGAGAGACGCGGCCUCUGAGCAGGCCGAGCUGCUUGCGGGCCGCGUGAAUGAAUUGCUGAUCAAAGGCAAGGACUUUUUGCGAACCGAGCUCGGCGUGGAUCUGGCUCUCGAACCCGAGCUCAUUCCGCCAUGGGCGAUCCUUGUCGCGGUGUGCGCCGGCCUGGUGCUGAUGCUCGUCAUCUGGGCCUCGUUGUGCCAGGCGCUCUUCAAGAAGCGGCCUACGAUCGAAGUGGUGGAGAGGACAGUCGACGCAAAACGAGGGACCGAGAAGACGGUUAAAGUAGAGGAACCCAAGAAGAGAAAGAAAAAGGCGGAAAAGAAAUUCCAGCCAAACGGUAGAGCUGUCACCGACGUACAGGAAGAAGACGCCAUAGUUGGGGAAGAAAAAGUGCCACAUCAACAGCCACCUCCUCAAACAAAGAGUGAUAAAGAUCUUGAGACAAAGAAGUCCAAGAAGAAGGCCAAACAGGCGGCGAAGGAGACUGUUGGAACAGCUGUCGGAAAGGAGCCGGAGGAAGGUACAUGGGAGACUAAGGUCAGUAACAAGGAAAAGCGUGAACAGCGCAAGAAGGACAAAAGUGAUGGCUCUGCCAGUCCUGGUGGUGGUGGUGGCGGCGGCGGUGGCACUCCUGUGAGCAUUACUCCAGAGCAACGCAAGACAUCAGCAGCUACUCCACCUCCCACCCGGAAGAAGAAAAAAGUCGAGCCAUCCAAAGUGACAGCAGAAAAAGUUACCGCCGCUGUGACUCAUGUUAACAGCGAGGCACCAGUAGUAGCGGCAGGUGUGGCUGACAGUCAAGCAGUGAAGGUUCCUCAACCUGUUGCUCCAAAGACUAAAGGCUCGUGGACAGCACCAAGAGAACCAGCACCACUAUGGAAGACUGACAUUGAUGAUUCAUGGACUGUGAUCGAUAGGGUUCCAGCUGAUAUGGUUUCCUUCACUAAACUAGGAGUUGGCACAGCUGAUGCACAGUUGGUGGACAACGCACCAUGGCUGAGUCAGCCCCAGGUCGAUGAUGAGUGGUCCGGAUUGAAUGGUGGUUCAGCAGAUCUUAGCUCUGACUGGAAUGCCCCAGCUGAAGUUUGGGGCAACUAUGAAGAACCCAUGCUUCAGCAGCCUCCAAGUGAGCCAGCGAAACCAAAUCUACUGAGUGGAGCUGCUGAUGAUGACGAUGAAAAGGAUACUGGAGAGUCUGCUGCUGAUGGAGCUGCAAAAAGUAAAAAGAAGAGGAAGAAAAAGAAAAAGGCACCAGAGGAGGGAGAAACAGGCCAGACUGAAAUGCCAGAGAAAAAUGUCGAACCUCCAGUCCCAUUGAAGGAAGAGAAGGAGGCGUCAACAACAACGAAGAAGAAGAAGAAACAGAAGCAGCAGCCACCGCCUACUCAAGAGCAUUCUGCUGCUGCCGUGUUACCCUUGGAGCGACAAGUGAAGGACAGCACGUCUCAAAAACCUCUUUCCACACAAGUGCCACCGAAGCAACCUGAGGCGCAUGCCACUGUUCUGAUCGACAUCCCUGUUCCAACACAACAAAAAUCAGAGGAGAGCCAGGCCAAGCUGUCCAAGAAGAAGAAGGCAAGGAGGGAGACAUGAGUUUUGCAAUUCCAUAUGCAAAAGACUUGACAUCUUGAUUAUGCAACAACUUUGAAAGAAAGAUUUCGGACCUUUGGUCAAGUGGACAGACUUCUUGAAUUUGACUGAAUUUUAAAAAAAAAAACAAAACAAAAAAAAACACUUUAUACAGUCAUUAGGUGAUGGAAAAGUGAACCUAGAAGCAGCUUAAUCUAAUGUCAUGCUUUGUGAAUUAAUUUUUAAACAUGAUUUUGAUACUCCGUCUUGUAAUUCCAUUGAUUAAACUAAGUGAAGGAGCUAGUUGUUAGAAAUGUAGAUGUAAUGAAAUUGUUGUAUCUUUGUGCUGACUAUGAGGUUACUCAGCAUGACGUGCUGAACUGGCCAUCCGUUGAGUUCGGUGUCCAUGCAGUGAGCAUCAUGGAGUGAAAAAAAUCAAAUUGUAACUUGAACAUUUGGAUUUAACAUUAUGUGAACAUGUCUACUGUGUAUUUUUCAUGAUAUCUGCAGUUUCAGCAAACUGUCCAUCUGGUUGAUUAACUUGUCUGUUGUACUGAGACUUCUGACCCUUCCAAUUUUUACAAUAUACUAGAUGCUCUUUUGCCAGCACCAUGUUGGAGAAGACGCACCAUGUCCUCAACUUCUUUCUGACUUUACAGCUGUAGUUGAUAUCCUCAUCUAAAGGCUUUUGUAAAGAAAGACAACGAUGAAUAAAAUGUUUGUAAUAAAAGCAACACAAAAGCCAUAUGUUGAAAGACCAAAUAA